AUGGGCGAUUUUGUCACUGCGGCACCCAUUGGUGAUGUAUCAGAUAAUUCAGCUACAAUUAUGUUUGCUGGACACUCUGUUACUGUCCACGGUAUCGUUUUCAGUGUUGUUUUGUUCAUUACCGGUGGUUAUCUAUGUUUCCUUGGAGGCGUAUUUCAAAAGUUCACCAUGUUUAUUGUUGGCUUCUAUGUUGGUGCCAAUGUCGCCUACAUUAUCCUGACAAAUGCUAAAUCAGAUUACGGAAGCAACACAGAUACUAUCUUACUUGUUGUUAGCAUCGUCGUGGGUGUUUUAACUGGUGGUCUAUUAUGCUGUUGUUUCUUUUUGGCAGUGUAUUUACUGGGUGCGUUGCUCGGUUACAUGUUUGCUUUGUGGUUACUCUCAUGGAAUACCAAUGGCUUGAUCCAAACCAAUUGGGGCCGCGCCAUCUUAAUUGUCGUUCUCGUUAUUGUGGGUGUCGUGUUGAUGGCAUUCUUGGAACGUCCCAUGUUCAUCCUUGCUACUGCAUUCAUUGGUUCUUUCGCCAUCUUUGCAGGUAUUGAUGUCUAUGUUAAAACCGGUUUCUUGGAAAUUGUAGAUCAAAUGUUGCAUGCCAAGAGUGUGGAUGCUGUAGUCACUGCAAGCAGUGCUCUACGUGGUAUGCUAGGUGGUUGCUUGGGCCUUACUAUCGUUGGUGCUUUGAUCCAAUGGUGUAUGAUUAGACGUGAUUCAUCUCAGUACAGAGGAUGGAGUGAACGUUAUCCUGCUCGUGGUGGAGGAUGGAGCCGUGUAUAA